CCCUUCUUCCCACCUCUACGCCCGCUCAAAUAAACUAAAAAAAGACGCCGAGCCGACGGGCGGCGGCAGCAUCAUCACCAGCAGCAGCAACUGCUCCCGAGUCUCCAAACCGCUACCGAAAAACAAAGCCACGGAAGUGAUGGUAGGCCAGAACGGCCUCAAGCUCGCAGUCCACCUCAUCACCGCCCACUUAGGCGACCUCGUCGCUAAGGUAUGCAGCUGCCUCCUCCACCGCGGCGCGCUCUCCCUCCAAGAAGUCGUCCGCUUCACAAAGCUCUCCAUCUCCCAGGCCAAGAACUGCCUCCUCGUCCUCAUCCAGCACAACUGCGUCCAGGCCUUCUCCGUCCUCCUACCAGGGAGCACGACGAAGACGAUGACUCAAUACAUCGCCCUCUUCGACAACAUCCUCCACCGGAUGCGCUUCCCCAAGUUCCUCAUGGUCGUGAAGUACGACUUGGGUCAUGAGGGUGAGGUUCUUCUCGAGGGAUUGCUUCAAAAUGGUAGGCUAACUUUUGACCAGCUUGUGGAGCGAACGCUCUCAAAAACAACCGAAGCCAGUGCAUCUAUAAGAGAAGAGAUGCGUGCAAACUUCAACAAUCUUGUGCAUUCACAUUAUGUGGAGCGCUGUCCAAAGCCAGAGCCCUUUGUUGGACCAGAUUCAGAAGAUCAAUCAACAUUUGCAAGAAAACGUCGUGCCAAGACUGUGCCAAUCUUAUCUCUGGAACAACAAGUAAUGGUGGCUGCAACUCUUUCUAAUGGUGAAAGAUUUUCUGAAAUUUCUAACGGUGGUAAAAUGACAGUAGAUACAGUUGUUGCAGAUCACCAUGUUGCUACUUUUUCUGGUGAGAAGCGCAAGUUCGAGGCUUUAGAGAUGGAUCAAGAGCUUCAAUCUGCAAUUACCGAGAAUGAAGUCCUUUGGCGGGCAAACUAUGAGAAGUUUAUACAAUGUCUGAAGAAAAAGGCUUGCGUUUUAAAUGUGAGAUCAAGGCUGGGUCUUGAUGCUAGUACCAUUUUGGAAGCAAUGAUUGAGACUAUUGAUCAGGAGAAUGUUGAGAAUAAAAACACAGUUUUCGCAUCAAUGGGUAGCAUCAUUGAGAGGGUGAGAGAGAAGCCUGGAGGAAUUUCCAUGACACUAGAACAUGUCAGAACAAUCCUUGUUGACCAACUUCUCUGUCAUUCUUCUACUGAGGAUACCAACACAUGGUACACCAUUGAUUUGAACGACAUUAUUGAAAACUCUCAGAAUGAAGAGGUAGAGACAUUUAUACGAGCAAGAUAUGGACUGGAGGCUUAUAGGAUAUUUAGGUUGUUGAUCAAGUGUGGACACCCAGUUGAGACAGAGCAGAUUGUAGAAAUUACAUUUAUUGAGAAGAAGAAUGCUCAAGAAAUUUUGUACAAACUCUGGAAGGACGAAUACUUGGAAAUGGAGAAAGUUGUUAUGCAUGGAUCAGGCCAGACACAGCUUUUCUUGUGGAAAUUGAACAAGAGGGUGCUUAGGGAACAUAUCAUAGAUGAUAUGUAUCAUGCUUCUUUGAAUUUGAGUCAGAAGAUAUCUCAGAUUGCUCAGCAGCAGCGUGAGGUUUCCCCGCAUGGUGACAAGAAAUAUCAAAGGGUAAAGUACAUAUUGCAAUCGUCCCUCUAUAAACUUGAUGACGCCCUCAUGCUCUUCCAAUUUUUAUGAAAUUCAGAUGAACUAUUGAGUGCAGCUAUUCCUGAUGGCAGAAAACAAACUUUGGCUAAUUUCAGUUCUCUUUUGCAAGCUACCUUGUAAAUUUUAAAUCUCAGAUUUUCCUUCGUUUGGUAUUAGGGAGUGCAUUUUGACAUUUCAUU